AUGGCAUCCAUAGUGAUCCCUAUACCCUCAUCCUCACUGACUGACGUCGAGGCACAGGCACACAGGACAACGACUUCCACAUCAUCUCCACCAUCCCUCACAUCCGCAGCAGCAGGAAGGAUAUCACCAUCAUCAUCCCAAUCAUCACGGACAACAAGCGCAAACUCAAAUACAAACAUUAGCACAGUUCCACCAGGAAACCAACCUGCGCUUGCACAGCCCUCUACUGCACCAACACAAACACAACAGCAACAGCAACAGCAACAACAACAACAACAACAACAGCAGCAGCAACAACAACAACAACAACAACAACAACAGCAGCAACAACAACAACAACAACAACAACAACAACAACAACAGCAACAACAACAACAGGCACCGAGACCUUGGUGGCGACCCCCAGCACGCAACUUCAGACCCCACCCAGGCAACCACGCCAUCAACUCCUUCUUCACAACAUCCUCUCUCGUCGUUGCAGGAUCAUCCUCAAAUAACACCCCUCAGCAACAGCAACAACAACCAGUAUACACGGAGAGUAUGUCUCACUACUGGUAUAGAGCAUUAAACUACAUCCUGAGGAUACCCUUCCGAGAACUGCUCGGCAAUGUCUCUCGCCCCUACGACCCUACAGCUCCCCUCCCCCUCGCAGAUGUGCCCCUCAAUGCCACCAUCAUCGACACUCACACCCACACCAUCUACACCAACCCUUACACCGGAGAAAGGAGUUCCAACGGCGGCAAUGCCAGCAGCAAUAUCAACAACAACACUGACUUGCCCUCGAACAGCAACACAACCAACAGCAACAACACCACCCGCUCACGCCAUUACUUGCCGCAGAUCAGGAAAGCAUGGAGUGAUCGGACCUCUAGCAUGAGCUGGGCCAUCUCGACUGCAUUCUUUUCCAGCGUGCUAUUUACGGUGUUGGCGGUCGCGGCCCUGGUUUUGAAUUGGGAGGUCCCAAGCGUAUACCUCAAGAUCUUCCUGGUAGCGUUUGUGGUGCGCAAGUGGAUUGCGACUCUCCUAAUGGCAGAUCGUGCUCUUUACCGACUCCCUCUUAAUCUUACGGAACCGGAUCCUGAUAUUGACGAGGAGCGACAUAACGGAGUUGCCAUCUAG